AUGCGCGGGACGCUGCUAUUAUUUGCGUCGCGCCACCACCAUCCCAUCAGCGGCAAGGCCGUGGCAUUGGUCGCCUCGCCCUCGGCGCUGCGACGUCCACCUGUCAAUCCAACCGAUGCCCAGGCCACAUGGCCGGCCAUCCCGACUGUGGGUUCUGGCGCUCUACCACAGUGGACUGCGCUGGCACCGUUCAGGCCCCAUCGUCAACGGCCUCUCGUUCAUGCCUUACCGCGUUGCAAAUGCCCCGUCGCUCGUCGCCCGUGUUUGGUCUUAUCUGAUACGCAUACGACACCUCGCCAAUUGGGCUCCGCUGGCCGGGCCAGAGUGAGGCGAAUGCAAGGCUAUGCAGGCUACGCAAUGACGUCGCGAUUCCCGCCCAGGGCAAUGCGCUUCAUGCAUGAUACACAGUUACACACGCUUCAUUUCUCUUAG